AUGGCACACGGACCAAACGACGAGAACACUCACUCAACGGUAGAUACGGGUCAUCCGACGGCGUUCACCUAUUUCAAGGUGGCGAUGAUACUGGCGGCCCUAACGGCCGUCGAGGUCGGCGUCUUCUACGUGGAGGGUCUGAGACACGCCAUCAUCCCCGUCUUGGUGGUGCUGUCGGGCACGAAGUUCGCGCUCGUCGCCAUGUUCUACAUGCACCUACGCUACGACGCCAAGCUCUUUUCGGGGCUGUUUGUCGGCGGCUCGGGCUGGCCUUCGGGGAGGCGGUUGGAGGAUAAGGUGGAAGAGUCCAUUCGUCCAAUCUGGACACACUGGCACGGCCACGUAGAAGUGGUGCUCGGUCUUGCGCUGCUGGAGGGGGCGUACCUAUUCGGUGUUGGGCCCCUGCGUGAGCGCUGGAACCUCGCCGAUGAAGUUGACCCGAAGAAGAUAGCGACGUUCACGGCCGGAGUGCUGGUCAUCUUCUUCUCGUUGCUCUCGCCCCUUCAUAUCCUGGGCGACCACUACCUGUUCAGCGCCCACAUGACGCAGCACGUGCUGUUGACGCUGGUGGCGCCGCCGCUGCUCAUACUCGGCACACCGGACUGGCUGAUCCGUCCGUUGCUGCGGCCCAACCUCAGCUUCUACGUGUGGCGGUUCGUCACGCGCCCGGUAGUGGCGGUGCUCGUGUUCAACCUGGUAUUCGCGCUGUGGCAUGUCCCCGACCUGUACAACCUGUCCGUGACGGUCCACGCCGUUCAUGUUACCGAGCACCUGUUGUUCAUCGGGGCGGCUAUGCUGAUGUGGUGGCCGCUAACAAGCUCGAUGCCGGAGCUGCCUCGUCUGCCGUACUCGCUGCAGAUGGUCUACCUGUUCGUUCUUUCGAUAACCCAGAUAUUCGUGUUUGUGUUCGUGACAUUCUCCAAGCAGCCGCUGUAUGAGUGGUACGUCAAGGCCCCGCAGAUCUGGGUGAUCUCCCCCUUGGUGGACCAGCAGAUCGGGGGCAUCAUCAUGAAGGUCGGCGGCAGCAUCCUGUUCCUGACCCUAAUCGUCGUCGCCUUCUUCAAGUGGUACAACGAUGAGGAGCGCCGCACGAAGGACGAGAAACGGCGAAGAGGACCACGAAUGAAUACGGAAAAACGUCGAUUUUGGGACGCGAUCUGGAUACCCGCCGCCGCCGUGUUCUCCGUGGGCCUGUACGCGCUUGGAAUGGGCGCGAUAUUCACGACCAUUUACGUGAACACCGCCCUGAAGGCUUGGGGAGUCAUUAUCUUGGGAGUCAUGCUCGUGGUGGGAGUUCCCCUCGUCGCCGCCUAUCUCGAACGGAAGAUGGGCAGCUAG